AUGGAGGAGGAGAUUCUCAAAGNUGGCCCUCUUGCUGAUAGCUAUCGGCUCACUCAGUUCCAUUUUCACUGGGGCAACUCAAANGACCAUGGCUCUGAGCACACCGUGGAUGGAACCAGAUAUUCUGGAGAGCUUCACUUAGUUCACUGGAAUUCUGCAAAGUACUCCAGUGCUUCUGAAGCCAUCUCAAAGGCUGACGGACUGGCAAUCCUUGGGGUGUUGAUGAAGGUUGGUNCAGCCAACCCAAGCCUGCAGAAAGUACUUGAUGCUCUAAACUCAGUUAAAACCAAGCUGGCCCAACUCCGUGGUCUUCUGUCAAGUGCAGAGGGAGAGCCUGCAGUUCCAGUUCUGAGCAACCACCGUCCACCCCAGCCCCUGAAGGGCAGAACUGUCAGAGCCUCAUUUUGA